CCCAUACCAGCAACCCGCCUCAAACAGAUCUGCAACGACGCCUGCCACUUUGCCCUCUCGACCGCCACCACCUACGACCACGCUCAAACAGCCACUUGGAACGCCAGCAUCAUCAAUACCAUCCUCAAGGCCCUCAUCUCCGAAUCCUCCACCGCAACCGUCGAAGAAAGCGCAACACCGCCCAAGUACAAAUUCUGUGUCAACAGUACCAUCAUCCAACACCUCUCCGACCCACGACCAGCGGGGACGUCUGAGGGAGGCACGCAGACGGGCGACGAGACAGUAGGGCGGAGGGGAAUGCAUAGCGCGAGUGGUGCGUAUUGGAACAAUGAACGGGACGGUAUGUGGAGUCAUAAGUACGAAGGUGGUGAGGAGAAGGGCAUGGAUAUUGUAGUCAGCGUUAUGUGGAUUGCUGUGUAG